AUGGCGAGGAUCCAGGCUCCCGCAGCACUGAAUCAUGCAGGUGAGCGCGAAGAGAUACCAGGUCCAUCGAAAGACGGCAUUUAUAAAACCUUGACGGUGAUAUCCGCGGCUGUCAGUGAGUUAUCUCGCGCAGUCCAACAAAUGCGCGAACAGUUAAAUGGGUUAUCUUCAGCAUGUGCGGGAAAUCUGGGGCUUCCGAAGUUAAACAAUCCGGUUGACCAAUUUGAGAUUUUCGCCAUUGCCAUGAAGGAAGUACAGUCAAAGUCAUCUAGAAUUGAGCAGUUGGAACAAGAGAACCGAGUGUUAAGAGACAAGUUGGGUGACUGUGAAAAGGCUGGUGAAAGGAGCGAAGGGUUCUCCCAGUUUAUCCCCAUCAACCGUAAUGAAAAUGGAGAGAGAUUCGUGCCUAGUGAUGCUCCCAAUUUGAAUGGGAAAAGGUCCUUAGUAACUCUCCCUAGGGACCUCAGGCCUCAUGAGGAUAAUAGCACAAUUGCAACUGGCGUGAUUCCCGCGUCUACAGAUGCCACAAACCAGGAAGCGGAUCCGGCACUGAAUUCCAACCAACGGAUUGGUAUUGAUGGCCUGUAUCUUGAAAUUGAGGAGAUCCCAGAGUCUUCUAAUGCACAGGUUAAUGGUGAUGAUUUAUCGCAAGAGGAUUCUCCAGCUAUGAACGACGCUACAUUAUCGAAACUACCUGCUGAAAGGCCAAGGACACGCCAGAACCCGGCGAGGCGCCGACAGGGCUUGAGAACAGAGAAGGUUCUUGAGCAGGUUACUGGGAAUGAAACUCGACCUACUCGCCCUCCCUUGGUUGCGCAGAAUGAACAUUCCAAGAAGGCUGAAAACAGUGCGUCGUUAAGAAAGGAGCAAGCUACUUCCUCUGGAGACGAGAACUCUACCAAGACUGGAGGCCGAAAACCCGGGGAUCUUGCGCAUACCGAAACUCCCAAAGGCUUAGAAACGUUCACCCCAAAUAUUGCCCGAGAUAAACGGCUUCGCCCACGCCGUCAGUUGAUGAAGCGAGGUCGAGGUCGGCCGAAGGUGAUUGCUUCCCAACAGCCGCAGGUUGAAAUUGUCACUUCUACAAGCCCACCUCCCAUCACAGGGAGACCAGAUGUCAAUCUGAACGAUUUAGAAAAUAGGGAAGAUGCCUCAAGUGCGAAAAACGAGGAAGACGAAAAGAGACGAAAGGCCGAAAUUGCUGCGCGAGAGCUUCUGGUGCAAGCCGCAAUGCAGCGAGAGGAAGCCUAUACGCUGUAA